UAUAUUCUAAAAUUCUUAUAAAAUGGUGAAAAUUGCUGUUUUGGGUGCAGGGUGCAUGGGUUUAGGUGCUGCCGUGAAAAUAAAAGAAAGUUUUCCUGAUGCCGAAGUGGUGAUAUUCUCUAAGGAGUUCUCUCCCGACACGACGGGUGAUGGCUCGGGAGGGCUGUGGUGUCCGUAUCUCUGUGGCAGCACACCAAUUGAGAAGCUUAGUGCAUGGGGCGGUGAGACCUACAAACUGUACCACAAGCUAUGGCUGGAAGGAGGUUGCAAUAUUUGCCUGCUGCCGUUCUACUCGCUCCGACACAACAUCAGCAAAGACCCCAACUUCCAAGAGACUCCCUUUUGGGCUAAAGACGUGUUUGGAUUCAACCUUCUGAGUCCUAAGCAGUUGAAAUAUUUCAAUGACUUGUAUUCUUCCGAUUAUGUGCAAGGCUACACAUUCACGUCAUUCAUAGUGCCGCCGCCGAUAAUCUUACCAUUCCUUACCAAGAGGUUCCUAAAGGCCGGCGGCCGAUUGGUCCGCGCCACUGUGACGUCACUCGACCACGCCAUGUUGGAUCCCUAUGACGUCAUCGUCAACUGCACCGGAUUAAACGCUAGGACUGUCGUGCCCGAUGAUAAAGUGUUUCCUAUACGAGGGCAGAUUCUAAAGGUGGACGCCCCUUGGCUCCAUCACGCCAUCAUUGAUGCAGACGGUGACCACUACAUCUUGCCGAAUUAUAAAAGCACCGUUAUGGGUGGGACUCAUCAAGAACAUAACUACAGUACUAAAGUAAAUGAUGAAGAUACAGCUUUCAUACAAAAUGGCUGCUAUAAAAUUGUACCAGCUUUGAAGAAUGCUAAAAUAUUGGAAAACUGGGCCGGUUUGCGGCCGGGCCGAGACACGGUGAGAUUGGAAGCUGAACACAGAAAUGGAAAGCUUUAUAUUCACAACUAUGGACACGGUGGCAGUGGAUUGACCUUAUUUUGGGGCUGUGCUACAGAUGUAGUGAAGAUUUUGGAGCAAAACUUAAAAAACGCAAAAAGCACUGUGAUAUCUAAACUUUAAUAUACAGAAACAAUUCUAACAAAAUAGAUACAUUUCAUGCUUGUAUAAAGAUAUAUUUAUCACAUCAUAUUAGGUAAUAUAUUAUUGCAAAAUAUUAAAU